AUGACUCCAACUAAGUACGCCGUUGUGGGCACUGGGGGACGUGCUGGAUUCUUUUACAGCGCCAUCGUUCGAGACUUCAAGAAAAGCGCAUCUCUUGUAGCAUUCUGUGACACGAAUCAAACUCGCAUGGAUGUCGCCAAUGCCCGGAUCCAGGAACUAGGCCUGGCGCCACUACUGACAUACAAAUCCGCCGAUUUCGACCAGAUGAUCAAAGAAACCAAGCCCGAUGUGGUUAUAGUGACAACUAUUGACCGCACUCACCACGAGUACAUUAUUCGUGCCAUGCAAUUAGGAUGUGAUGUGCUGAGCGAAAAGCCAAUGACAGUGGACGAGAUCAAAUGCCAGAUGAUCCUUGAUGCGGUCAAGGAGACCAAGCGACAGCUUCGAGUUACUUUCAACUACAGAUAUGCGCCUCAUAACACCAAGGUGCGUGAGCUGCUGAUGGAUGGUGCAAUUGGAAAGGUGACUUCGGUUCACUUUGAAUGGCUCUUGAACACUCGACACGGCGCAGAUUACUUCCGUCGCUGGCACCGUGAUAAGCGCAACAGUGGCGGUCUUCUGGUUCACAAAUCCACUCAUCAUUUCGAUCUGGUAAACUUCUGGCUAGGGAGUAGUCCACGUACUGUCUUUGCACAGGGCGACUUGAAGUUUUACGGCAAAGAGAAUGCUGAAUCUCGAGGAGAAACCAAAUUCUACUCUCGAGCACAUGGCAGUGCGGCGGCGGUCAACGAUCCCUUCGCUCUUCACAUGGAAGACCAUCCUCAGCUCAAAGCCAUGUAUUUGGAUGCCGAGCAUGAAGAUGGCUAUUACCGCGAUCAAAGUGUCUUCGGUGAUGGCAUAAACAUCGAAGACACGAUGGGCGUGCUGGUAAGCUAUCAGUCUGGAGCGAUCAUGACGUACAGCCUCAACGCAUACUGUCCGUGGGAGGGUUUUCGGGUUUGUUUCAAUGGAAAUGGAGGUCGGUUGGAGAUGGACGUUCUUGAAGAGUCUUAUGUCAACGCAGGUGGGGAUCAGAGCAAGGAGGGUGCUGUGGCUCAUACAAAGAUUACAGUGCAUCCAAUGUUUGCACCGCCAUAUGAAGCGGAAGCUGUUGAAGGAGAAGGGGGUCACGGGGGUGGAGAUCCUGUGUUAUUGAAUGAUCUUUUUGGAGAACCUUUGCCUGAUCGCUUGAAUCGGGCUGCGUCACAUGUGGAUGGAGCCAUGUCUAUCCUGACGGGAAUUGCUGCCAACAAAGCGCUUCGUACUGGGCAGGUUGUCCAGGUUAAGGAUCUGGUUCAGUUCUAA